AUGUGCAGCACCUGCUGCAGAGCUGGACAGCAGAACAGGUUUUACACAAGGGCAGCCUCCACAGCCCGGCACGUGUACCUGUGCGGCGGGGCCGGCGUGGGCUCCAUGGCAAGGCAGCACCGCGGGGUCCGGCCCAGCCACUUCAGCCGCGGCUCGGGCACCGUGACCCGCCAGGUGCUGCAGGCGAUCGAGGAGCCCAAGGCAGUCGAGAAGGACCAGGACGAGGGCCAGAAGUUGACUCCGCAGGGGCAGCGGGAUCUGCAUCUCAUCGCCAAGCAAGUUGCCACCACCACCAAGAACCACAGGGAGCCAAAAAAUCAUCCUCCAGAUCUACUCUUGAAGCUAGCAAGGCUUUACAGAAAAUUACCGAUGCUCUGCAAAAGAGACAAACACAUUGCUAUGUUCCAAAUAAACCUUUUUUCCUUGCAGUUUUAG